AUUAAAAUAAUCAGAAAGUUAUAUUUGCAUGUUGUUGAUUGCAUUGCAUAUCAAUGAAAAUAACUGUAACUGCAGUGGUUAAAUUGAGCAGUCAGAAUCUAUAUGUCUAUGUCUGUAUCUCUAUAUGUUUACAUGACUGCGUGAAUGAGUCAUGAUUCUUCCUAGUCUAUCACUUAGUAAUGCCAAGGUCAUAAAAAUCAUUUCUUAUGAUCCAUCUUAUGUAAAAGCUUAUGGGGUUACUUUGUUUUUCUCACUCAAAAGAUGUCAAAAUGUGCUUUUUAGAAUUCUUGAAUAAUUUUUGUUUAAAUUCAGUGUUAAGAUUAGAGACUGAGACAAAUUUAAAUCUGUUCCCAGCCAAAGAGUAAAUCAAGCUUAAGCAGAUGCAGUAUAUAACGCUACUACCCAAGGCAUUCUGCAAAGAAGGUAGUUGUCUAGAAAUUGGGUACAGAAUUGUCAUCUUCCUCCUAUGGUGAUUGAAAGUAAAUUCCAAAUAACACAUCACCUCAAGCUGUGCCACAUGGGCACCUAAAUAAGUUCUUCUUGCUAAAUGCCACCAAAUGGCUGUAUUUCUUAUAGCUUAUGGCUAAAUUCUGACAGGGCAGGUGUCUUCACUAUAACUAUUUUCUCUCUGAAGUUUUCAUGGUUUUUUUUAGGUGUUAAUUUAUAUUAGGUUAGGGCUUAAAAAAGCUGAAGAUAGUGAAAAUUAGUCCAGAGAGUUAGGAUGGUUGCCAUAUUAAAGAAAUAGGUUGCUUUUAGUAUUCUUCAUUGGCUUUGCAGUCUCACAUGUGAGGCCCUAGCUGCUUGGUUUGAGGUAUCUGAAAUUACCCAGAUGGCUUUGGGUCCUCAAGAGCUAAAUCAAGGAAGGUUGUUUUAGCUGCUGAAUAUUCAAGGAAGUACCUUCUUCCAACAUUGGUUUCAGCCCAUAUCACACAGAUGAUCUUUGGAUUUCUGAAGCUCUCUAAACUCAUAAUUAUUGUCUGGGCCCUGUACAUAAUUAAAUUUAUUUGUGAAGGAUGGGAAUGAAAUAUAAGUAUAGACUGGUAGCCAUGGUAAUCCCAAAAAACAGAAUGCCAGACCCCGUGAUGAUAAUAAUGUUACUUUCCUGUUAAUGCCUCUGAAGAUAUGAUAUACUUGAGAAAAAGGUGAAAUUCUAAUUUGUCCUUGACUUUAAAAUCUGGGAAUCACAUAAACAUUUGCUAAUUCCUUAAGCUGGUAAAUAUCAUUAAGUGAAAUGGAUGCAUGUAAUAUAAGCUUGAGGACGUAUUUAUGCAUACUACGUUUUUUAAAGAGACAGAGAUGUCAUAUUCUCUUCCUAACAGGGUUUUGGCUAGAGAUGACAUUUCUUAUUCCUUUUCUUUAAGAGUCUAACACUCCAUCAGUUUUCAAGAGGUGGUAGAGGUUGGGCAUGAAACCGCAACUUCAGGAGCUGCAUUCCCUGGAUCCAAAUUUUACCUUUGCUACUUAUUAUUUUUAUGACCUCUGGCAACUUAACACUCUGUGCCUCAAUUCAUCAGAUAUACCCUAUUAAAUGGAAGCAUAUCUACCUUGUUGGGUUGUUGCAAAUCUUAAGUAAGUUAAUACAUGUAAAGGGCCUAUGGAAUUUCAGGGUAUGCAAUAAAUAUCUUAUACAUAUUAGUUAUUAAAUCUUAAUUUCAUGUAAACAUAUUCUAAUAUCUAUCUUGUUAAAGAUAAACUUGCAGUAUACCAAUAAAUGAAAACAAAAAUAAUGUUGCAGUUUUAAUGAAAUGAUUUAGAGCUCCAGCUCUAGAACUAUACAACCUGGGUUCAAAUUACUGUGGCCUUGAAGAACUUAUGUAACCUAACUGAGCCUCAGUUCCCUCUUUUCCAACAUGGGGGCAUUACUAAUAUCUGAUCCUUGGGGUUGUUGUGAAGGUUAAAUCGGAUAAUGCAUGUAAAGCACUGAGAACAGUGCCUGGCAUUUAAUGAAUACACAGUGUGUAUUAGCUGUUUUUCUUAUUGUUAUAAUACUUUGAUGAUGAAGUGAAUACUGUGAAGUACUUACACAUGAGAAACAUUAUACUCAGAAUCGGUGUAUAUAGGGUUUUCAAUUUUGGUAACAAGGAUUGUUAUUCUAUGCUGUGCAGAAAACACAUCCAUGCCUGAGUGCUUAUAAUUCUUCUCUAAUAAGUAAAUAAUUAAGAAAAUAAUAACUUGUUUUUUACUUACCCUUUUUUGAGCUAUUUAAAUUACAAAAAAAAAAAAAACCUGUAGAUGCUUUUUAUAUCUGUUAAUUUUCACCCUGGAUAAAUCAGUUAAGAAAAUACUUUAUUAAUGUUGUUACUUGCUUAACUCUGUUGCCCAGCCACAUUCUAGCCACUUGUUAAGUUGAACAUUGUUGGAAUGAAAAGUAAUCAAUAACGUCAAAAUGGAAAUGAAAUGUGCAUGCAAAGAAGACAUUGCUCCCUUUGUACAAUAAAGACCAUAAGAGCUGAUAUUUCCCCAUCUCUUUGGAAUAUUGUAAAGAUUACGAAAACUUUAGCAUUUGCAAAAAAAAAAAAAAAUAGUGAUUCUAUGUCAGGGAGGCAGAUAGAAUAUUAUGAAAGAAAUGACCAAAAUUGCAUGGUGGCAUUUAUUUUAGAAGCUAACAUCCUUUCUUUCGUUAACAGGAAAUUUUAGGGCAAUCUACUUGCUUAUUGGAAGUGGAGAAGUUAAAUGAAAAAUUUGAAAAGGAUUCAUUAAGACUUUCUUAUAAUAAAGUAAACUUUUAAGAGCAUGUUUUUCCAUAGAAUUAGAAACUUAGAAUUUCAUAGUAAUAGUAUAUUCAUCACCUUGUUUGGGGAACAGAUUUUAAAUAUGAUAACAGGAAAACACCUGUUUUGACACUGUGGAAAAGGUGCAAACAUACAGGCAAAGUCUGUGUAGGUGUAGAGUAAACAAGAAUGCUUUGGCUCGCAUCCUGCAAGGAGGUGGGUCUAAACGGUCUGCUCCAGCUUCUGCUGCUGCUGCUGCUGCUAAUAUUGCUGGGAAGGAGACAUGGCUGACCUGGCAUAUCCUUUACUCUUGGUGCUGCAGCAGUCACUCAGGAAAUGUUGUUUAAGGGGAACCUUCUGGAUCCUUUUCAUGGCACCAUGGCAAGAAGAAGCCGUAUCUUAUCUGUUGAAGAUAAAGCGUGGAGUUGGCUAAUGGAUGCUGAACUAGAUCUCCAUACCCCUCCUCAUCCGUGUUUUUGGCUUUCUCAUGGGAUGCUAGAAUGGCCUAUUUCCAUGUAUUUUGUUGCAUUUCUCCAUUGCUUCUUGUGUUCUGGCGGGGGAUUUUGGUGAUUCUUUUCAAGCGCUACCUGAGCUCUGUGCUAGUUGUUCCCCUUCUCCCAGGGUUUUAUGCUAUGUGGCCAUGUUUUUGCUCCCUCAGCCUUGUCCAUUGACAGAAUCUUGGGUUCUGUGAUGGCUGCCUCUAAACCCUUGUGAGGGCGGGGAAUAUUCCUCCCUCUGCUGCUACAAUUGAGCCCCGUGCUGGGUACCAUGUUGCCCUCUACACUUGCUUUCAAUUGUUAAAGCUUCCCAAGCUUUGGCUAUGGCUCAGUGAUCCUGCUGUCAAAACCCCGAAACUUUCCUAGCUUCGACACUCAGUGGUAGCAGCAGGUGUUGGGAUUUCUCCAAGCCCCUAAGGCCCUGGGAGGAAGAGAAUGGCUGUUUGACAUAGACCUCAGGAGCUUUCAAAGCACCAAGAAACCUCUCCAGAAGAUAUGUAAAGGGUCGUUGCUCCAGGGAGAACUGCAAAUAUCUUCAUCCACCCCCACACUUAAAAACGCAAUUGGAGAUAAAUGGACGCAAUAACUUGAUUCAGCAGAAGAACAUGGCCAUGCUGGCCCAGCAAAUGCAACUAGCCAAUGCCAUGAUGCCCGGUGCCCCAUUACAACCCGUGCCAAUGUUUUCAGUUGCACCAAGCUUAGCCACCAAUGCAUCAGCAGCCUUUAAUCCCUACCUGGGACCUGUUUCUCCAAGCCUGGUUCCAGCAGAGAUCUUGCCGACUGCACCAAUGUUGGUUACAGGGAAUCCUGGCGUCCCUGUACCUGCAGCUGCUGCAGCAGCUGCACAGAAAUUAAUGCGGACAGACAGACUUGAGGUUUGUCGAGAGUACCAGCGUGGCAACUGCAACAGAGGAGAAAAUGAUUGUCGGUUUGCUCAUCCUGCUGACAGCACAAUGAUUGACACCAAUGACAACACAGUUACUGUGUGUAUGGAUUACAUCAAAGGGAGAUGCUCUCGGGAAAAGUGCAAAUACUUUCAUCCACCUGCACAUUUGCAAGCCAAGAUCAAGGCUGCCCAAUACCAGGUCAACCAGGCUGCAGCAGCACAGGCUGCAGCCACCGCAGCUGCCAUGACUCAGUCGGCUGUCAAAUCACUGAAGCGACCCCUCGAGGCAACCUUUGACCUGGGAAUUCCUCAAGCUGUACUUCCCCCAUUACCAAAGAGGCCUGCUCUUGAAAAAACCAACGGUGCCACCGCAGUCUUUAACACUGGUAUUUUCCAAUACCAACAGGCUCUAGCCAACAUGCAGUUACAACAGCAUACAGCAUUUCUCCCACCAGGCUCAAUAUUGUGCAUGACACCCGCUACAAGUGUUGUUCCCAUGGUGCACGGUGCUACGCCAGCCACUGUGUCCGCAGCAACAACAUCUGCCACAAGUGUUCCCUUCGCUGCAACAGCCACAGCCAACCAGAUACCCAUAAUAUCUGCCGAACAUCUGACUAGCCACAAGUAUGUUACCCAGAUGUAGAAUUUUCAUCACUAAACAAUCAUACUAAAGAGGAAAGGACAGUGUGCUUGGUUAGAGUAAAGGACAAGGUCAUUAGCCAUAUUGUAUAUACCGUCAAGCAACACACACAAAAAUCCCUCAGCCACAAGACAUCCACAUAUUGCAUGUUAACCAGAAGAAAAGAAAACAUGGAAAUCCACUGCACACUGUUGCCUAUACACUUUGUACAUUUAAUUGAUAUUUGUGCUGAGGUGAUAUUCCUGUCUAAAAGAACAACAUCGUCUUUCUUUUCUAGCACAGAGUUAUGCAUUAAAAUGUGCAUACCUAAUUAGUUUCCUAUAUAUUCAUGCCAUCUUGAAAAGACAGACUAUGGUGUAACCAUGAUUCUAUUAUGUAUUGGUACGUCUGUAGACCAAGAUAUAAUUUUUUUUAAAUAAGUUUAUUUCUUUCAAGGUUUACAAAUAACAAAGGUGCACCUUGUAUUUAAAAUUGCCAUUAUAGAUGAGAGCGUGCAUGCACAGUCAUUUUUGUUUAAGAGUAAUAUUUUUAAUGUAAUAGAUUGUAAGAUGUGGUGAGGGAGGGAUCUGACAGAGAUGAAUGUGCCAAGCAAAACCACAACUGUGUAUAUUUUAAAGCACAUCAUGGCUUUAAGUACCAUGUUGCUAAGGAUUCUCAUGAAGUGCCAUAGACUGUACAUCAAAUUAGAGUAUUAUUUCUUCAGUGUUAUUGUUUUCAGAGCCACAUUUUGUUGCUUAUUUGCUAGUACUAAUCAGUCAAAGGGCACCAUUCUUUUUUUUGUUUUGAAACCAAAGCUGUCUCAGAAAUGGCCAAUUUAACUCUACAGUAACAAUAGACAGCACAACACAAACUCUCUCAAUACAGAUAAACUCACACAUACUGGAGAUAUAUAAAAUAGAUAUAUAUAAAAUUAUUUUAAUGCAUUGUAGUGUAAUAUUUAUGCAUACUAUACUGUAUAACAUGUUAUUCAAAAGGGAUAUGCCAUUUCUGAGACACGAUAACAAAAUGUUUGAGGAAAUUAUUUUGCUUCUAUUUAUAGCCUCUGUCAAAAGUCAAAAGACUAUAAAUGCUUUGCAAAAAUGGUUUCACGUUUGCUUAAAUGCUUCAUCAUAGUCACAUUCAAAAUAGUGACUCUAAACAAAGAAGAAAGCAGCACUGUCAUCAGAUGCAUGAUAAACCAAAAUAUGAAAAUGGGAAAUGUUUAAUUAACCUAGUAAUUGGGUGGGUUAAGUACAUGGGUGACUUUUAUAUGUGAUUUUUUUUGUUUUGUUUUGUUCAGAUUAACUGCUUAUAGCCUUAGAAAGCCUUUUACAAAAUUUAAAAAAAAAAUAGAUGUGCAUUCAGUUUUUAAGAAUGGAUUCAUCCAAAGGAAUUCCUUUUUUUGAGGUUUGGAUGUUGCAGCUAGUAAAGGAUAUUUUUGCUCUAUUCAGCAGUUCUAAAAAUUGCUGAAGUAGGGGCCAGGUCACUGGUAGAUAUAGUAUGGAAUGGGAGAAGUGAAAGUUCAGUUAUAGAACUUUCCAUACUUCCAAGUUUACUGCAAGUUUUUAUGCUUGAGAGAGAUGCUUUCUAAUAUAAGACUGAUGUGUUGAUUUUACUGAUUGUACUGUACAUCUAUUAAAGCCUUAGAUUAUUACAUUACGGGUUGGAACCCAUACCAAUGUAAUUUCAAUCGUGUUAAGAAAGUAAUGGUGACUUCACAUGUUAUUGUAGUUAGUUACAUUAUAGAAUAUUACUUAUUUUUCUUGUUAAAAUGUAGUUUUUCAUUUCCUACAUUUAUUAGAUUUUCAUUUUCUAUUAACAAUUGAAUACCAUUUCAGUUUAUAGACUAUUGUUUUAUUAGAUUUUACUGAUGAAUUUUUCAAAAUACAAAAAAAAAUUAAAGUAGUUUUUCCUUCAUAACAUAAUCAGUUUUGAAUUACAUGUAGUGUCAUAUGAAUAUUCGUAUUGUUAACUAAAUGAUUUAUAUUUUACUGAUUUAAUAUUACAGUGUAAGAAUGUCAGUCAUUGUUAGUUCUUGUCUAGUUUUCAUUAAAAGAACAAAGAUCUUUUAUAUGGAUAUCUUAUAAAUAUAUAAUCAUUGCUAAGUAAGAAGUUAAGUUGUUGCUAUCGCAACAAUCCUGGCAGACAAUUGAGUAAUAUUUUGAUGAUUUAUUUUGUUUGUAAUUAGUUAUUAUAAGAAGAUCUAGAUCCUAGAUAUUAGAAUAAAAUUUAUUUUCUACUGUAUCCAUUUCAAAUGUUAAAGUAUUGUUUAAUAUUUUUGAAAUCCCUGAAUAUCAGGCCUUGUUAUAAAUAAGCUGCAUAAUCAAUAAAUAGAACAAGGGACUUUUUGUUGAUAAUCCAAAUACUCAAAGUUUACGUAAUGAGAAUUAUAGCGUGUGUGCAAACUCUUGAGGGUUGAUUAUGCUGCAAUUUAGCAUGUUGGGACGUCUAGAGAGAAGGUUGACUUUUUGCACUUCUGUAUAUAGUCAAAAGAGAGAAACCUGUAUAAUAGUAAGAUCUUAUUUUGAAUAAAAACGUCUAUAAUUACAAGGAGUUUUGUUAAGGCUAAUAAAAUGACAGACUGAGCAAAAUUGCUUGCAAAAGUGGCACAGAGUUAGCACUCCAUACCCUUUCAAACAUGUUGCUUUGCUUUUUUGUGGACAGCUUGUAGUUUGCCAGGAUUUUUUCAGCUGGAAAGAUAUGCCAUCCUUUCAAAAUCUCAUGACUGACAAAAACUCCAUUGGGCCAAAUCUGCCUGAAGAUCAUUACCAAAAAUAGCAGGUACUUCGACCAUUAAGGUGAAAUCAUGGAUCAAAUAUUCCUUACAUUUUUCAAAACUACUGCAUGUUAAAAACUUCAACAACAAAAAGAGAGAAAGAACUAUACUAAGGACAUAUAUUAUUCAAAUCAGUUUCUGCCAAUUUCAGUGGUUUAUUGUUCACAAAAAAAAAUCUUCAAAACAAGUAUUGACUUUCACAAAAUUUAAACCAUAAACAGGCAAACCAAACAGCACACCGUAGCUAUAGUUGUUAUGUGAUUGUUUUUUAAUUGCUGUAGGAUCCCGUUCUUUCAGCAGGUGAAAAAAAACACAGUUCAAAUUUCACAGUUUUAAUUUUCAACUCAGAAGCACUCAAAAAAGCAAAAUGUGAUCAUGGGCACUUGUUUAAUGAAUUAAUGUAUCCAGCCUUCACUCCAGCUGGUUAAUAAUGUUGCACUUAUCAGCAACCCUACCACUUUCAUCUGCUGAAAGGACAAAUGUGCUUGGUUUUACUAUUAUGUAAUCACAACUUACUUUUUGCUUGUAGUUGCUUAAAAUUAUGUAUUUUUGUCUUGGGCUGCAAUUUGUUUUAUGCUUAUUUUAUUAUUACUGCAGUAGUUGACUUUGCUGUAUGGAAAAAUAAAGUGAAAUUGCCCUAAUAAAACUUCUCUUUCUUAAGUA